AUGGCAAAUAAUCUUGGCAGAAUUUCGAGAUCUCCGUUAACGAAGCAUCCUUUAGAAUUUUUAUUUGGAACCUGGCGAGGACAUGGAAAAGGGGAAUUUGCAGGAAUUGAUGAUUUUACUUAUAAUGAAGAAAUAACCAUUUAUCCUGACGAAGCGAAAAGAGGAUGGUUAUAUUAUAGACAGAAAACAACAAAUCCUGCAAAAAACAAUGCAAAUUUUCAUAGUGAAGUUGGAUAUAUUAGAAUGCCAGGAAUGAAAGAUAAAGCACCUCAUGUUACGGAAUAUUCGAGGUAA